UAUAAAUUUAUUUUAUUUCCGUAUUGAUUUCACAGACAACUUUUUAAAUUUGGUAAAGCGUUUUACCUUAAAAUAAAAACCAGCUGCGGCCAUUUCUAGAAACAUAAAUAUAUUUUUACGCAAAUAUGUUCCAACCGGAAACUGAAGAUAUGCUCCCUCGGUGCGCGCCUAAACCUAGUGUACCACUGGAUAUAAAUACCGCAUCUAUAGGUCGUCCAACUGUACCCGAAGUUUCAAUUUUAUUUGACGCCCAGCAAACCACCAGUGCAACAACUGCUACAUCAACGUCGGUACCAUCACAACAAACAUACGCAGCUUGGAAGAAGCAAGUACUUCCAAAGGUAUCAUUCCCACCAGCUGGUGCUGAAGUAUACAGCAUCAAUGGCCACGUAGUAGGUUCAACCGCUGUAAAUGCUGCAACACAAGCUCUACAUAUUAAUGAACCCACCGCUACUGCUAGUACGCAAUCUAGCUUAUAUCCACUUCGACCUGUAACUGCCAAUGUUUCAUCGCCAACCAUCGCAGGUUCAACAACUAGUCAUUCUGUAAAUGGCGUAACCACACUAAUGCAACAAUAUCGUCGAAGUUUAGAACAGCCGCUAUGUACUGUAGCAAGGCCAAAAGAAAACUUUCAACGUCGCUCCCUUGAUGCCUGCGCACCAUUACAACAAACGUAUCAGUCAAAUCGGGAUGUGCUUACAAUAUGCGCAGGCACACAAACAGAUACGACACUGCUUUCGGAUCUACCUAAGAACGACUCGGCAUUAUUAGCGCAGCUGCCAACAAGGGAAGACUUUCAACAACUGCUGACCAUAUUUCAAGAGAUGCGUACGGAACAACAACGCCUAGUGAACGCUGUGGAGGCAUUAUUACACCAGCAGCAGUCACAAUCGCCACAGCAGACGGUUACUCGGCAGGAUGUAAGUACACAGUGCAACUAUAUUAAUUGUUCUGGGCCUAAAGAAGACGAAGCUCAAAUACCACCACGACAAUACGAGGUUCUCGAAAAAUACAACGAACUAACUUCUGCUAAUGCCUUGAACAACCGUUAUCGGCCCAUUGGAGAGGUACCUGCUUAUCUUUUAGAAUCACCUCGACAACCUGCAGCACAAUCUACAGCCUAUCAAGCACACACUCCACGAAAUACCGUGCCACCCACGAAAAAUUUAGUACUUAGUAAAGCGGGCUCAGAGAAAAGUAUGCUAAUGAAUGAACUAGCAUUAAAGUAUCUACCUAAUGAGCAAUUGAAUGAGCUGUUUCAGGAACUAAAUAUUGCUGCUACACAAAAACCAACGACACCUUUGCGACCAGUGGAAAACAUAGUAAAGGGACCAAGUGAUAUUUCAAAUGCUUCUUAUAAAUACUUAAAGAAAUAUCGUUUGCUGCCAGAGGGUCAAGAUGAAGUGAAGGAACAGCUGAGACCAGUGUGCUCCCCGCUGACACAGGCAACUCGGCAACAUCAACGGGAACAGUCACCAUAUUCGCCUCGUGCUUCAACAUCACAGGCGCCUAUGUUAGAUCUUGAGCAUAUUAGGCGGCAACCUAAACUUAUUUGAUUAAAUUUUAAACUAUAAAUAAUGUUCUUAAUUUUUUUGUAGUUAAUAAU